AUGAGGCAGCAGCUCACAGUUAACUCCAGUCCUGUACAAGACGCCAACACAGCUCUGCAGGAGGACUGGCUCAUCGCAGCCUGGCAUUACAUGGAGUCUAACCCCGAGACUUUAGAGGAACUGAUGAGCAAUGACGCCAUGAUUGAGGGCGACAUGAUUCUGUCAACUGACAGGAACGCAGUGGAAACAACAUGGCCGACACAGGAGAUCCCGUACGCCAUCAGUCCAGAGUUGGCUGGUCGGACGAGCGACAUCCUCGCUGCUAUGGCGAUGGUGUCUGAGCACACCUGUGUGUCCUUCCACAAGCGAAUCACCGAGACAAACUACCUGCUCUUCAAAGCCAGCAGAGGUUGUGCUUCAUAUGUCGGCUUCGUCGGCGGUGAGCAGCCCGUUUUCGUCGGGCCCCCGUGCAUGGUGGGUAACAUUGCCCACGAGGUUCUUCACGCUCUGGGCUUCCACCACGAGCACACGAGGACAGACCGCGAGCAGUACAUCACCGUCCUUCCUCAUAACAUCAUGGCAGGGAUGGAGAAAAACUUCAAAAAGCAAGAAGGCAAAACCUUUGACCUUCCUUAUGACAUCAGUUCUAUCAUGCACUAUGGAAGCGGUUUCUUUUCCUCUAACGGUCUGCCCACCAUCGUACCGAACACCGACGUGAAGCAGAUGGGUCAGAGGGUCAAAAUGACAAACAGGGACGUUGAGAGAGUUCGUCACCUCUACAACUGUGGUACGUUCACAGUUGUAGUUACUGCUGGAGCUUAA